AAUGUUCGUUGCCAGUCGAGCAGGAUGGCGGCCGCCGUUAGAGCGUCUUCGUCGUCUACUGUCGCGGUUCCCCAGCACUCAGGAGAUGCGGAGCGGUCUUCCACACAUAUGGCGGCGCUCAUUCUAGCCCGCGGCGGCAGCAAAGGGAUCCCACUGAAGAAUAUUAAGCUGCUGGCCGGAGUUCCGCUGAUUGGCUGGGUGUUGAGGGCAGCCCUCGACUCUGGCGUCUUCCAGAGCAUCUGGGUUUCCACCGACCACGAUGAAAUUGAGAAAGUGGCCAAGCAGUUUGGUGCCCAAGUCCACCGAAGAAGCUCCGAAGUAUCCAAAGAUUCCUCUACCUCUCUGGAUGCUAUUGUGGAGUUCCUUCAAUAUCAUGAUGAGGUCGACGUCGUAGGAAACAUCCAAGCCACCUCUCCCUGCUUGCAUCCCACGGAUCUCAUCAGAGUGGCCAAAAUGAUUCGAGAGGAUGGCUUCGACUCAGUCUUCUCUGUAGUAAGGCGGCAUCAGUUUAGGUGGAGCGAAAUCAAAAAAGGAGUCUGUGAUGUGACGAAACCCCAGAACCUGAAUCCGGCCAAACGUCCCCGGAGGCAGGACUGGGAUGGGGAACUGUACGAGAACGGGUCGUUUUACUUUGCCAAAAGAUCGUUGAUUGACAAAGGGUAUUUACAGGGUGGGAAAAUGGCUUAUUAUGAAAUGCGGGCUGAACACAGCGUGGAUAUCGAUGUGGACAUCGACUGGCCAAUCGCGGAGCAAAGAGUCUUGCGAUUUGGCUAUUUUGGAAAAGAGGCCCUGAAGGAGGUGAAGUUGCUGGUUUGCACCAUCGACGGAUGCCUGACCACCGGUCACAUCUACGUUUCCGAAGAUGGAAAAGAGGUCCUCUCUUACGACGUCAGGGAUGCUGUCGGGAUUCAUUUGCUACAGAAAAGGGGUGUUGAAGUGCGGCUGAUCUCUGAAAGAGACUGCUCGCUCAAGACCCUUUCCGCCAUGAAGCUGGGCUGUGCCGUAGAAGUCAGCGUGGCCAACAAGCUACAUAUCGUCGAGAAAUGGAGGAAGGAACUGAACUUGUGCUGGAAGGAAGUGGCGUACUUAGGAAACGAGGAAUCGGAUGUGGAGUGUUUAAAGAAAGCUGGAAUGAGCGCUGUCCCGGCCGACAGCUGCCCGGCUGCACAGAAAGCCACGAACUACAUUUGCAAAUGUAACGGUGGCCGUGGCGCAAUCCGGGAGUUUGCAGAGCACAUAUUCCUCCUCAUGGAAAAAGUAAAUUCAGCUGGGAAGAAACCAUGAUAAUACGGGCCUAAAGCUGCCGCUUCUCUUGGGGAUGGAAAAAACUGUCCCCUUAUUCUUUCCCUUUGCUGGUCUCUCUGUCGUUUACUUGGUUUUUGACAUUUCAGGAAUCCAAAGAACAUUACCAAGGACUGUGCAGCAUGAUAUAUUUUUCCCCAAGCACUUAAACGUUAAUUUCCAACUGCAGCCCCCCGCUAGUGCAAAAGCUGCCACCCGUCAAGCUGAUCCCAGGCAACGUAGCUUGAUGAGCCUUGUAAAAAGGUUAAGAAAUUGACAGCGCCAACGCCUGGCUUUUGAAAAGUGGUAAGUCUAUAAAAAUAGAACUAACUAAAGAUAAUUUUGGGUUUGUUUCCUGUUCAAAAAGAGCCAAAGGAGACGAUUGCCGGGUUUUCAUAUGAACCGAAGUUAUCGGCCGGGAUCAGACAUAACGUGAAACCACGGUUUAUUUGAACUAACAGCUGGAUUGUGAAACCUGAAUUCAGCACCGAAGGGAUCCCUCGUGUUUUGUUUUGCCUCGGCAAAUGGUGCUUUCAUUGCUUUCGUUCUACCCAGGUGUCUCUGUAACCAGGGAGCGGGCAAGGGUUUUAGUAAAGACCGGUUGCAAUUGCAUGAUUUAAAUUCUUCCAAAGUGAAAUUUUGCUUGAGAUUGCCAUGCAAGCCGUGGUUAAGCUAGAAUGUCUGUACUGAUACACAUCAUGUAAAAUCCUAGUUUGGUCUCUGAUUAAAUACACCAACCAUGAUUUGAGAUCCUGAUUUGGUGGCUGCUGAGUGGCCUGUGUUCAGACAACCACACUAACCAUGAUUAGUUUAAUUAACCCUUGGCUUCCAUUUAUGUCUAAACUGAAGGCUUCUUAAAGACUUUGGCAAGGGAGGCGAUAAGCGUUUUCACCCGAAAAGCCCUUUUAGAUUCCCGGCUUGAUGUGAAUCCCAGCAAACAGGACUUAGAACUGGGCGAGAGGAGAGACACCUUCAAAACCACAUAGGGUCUCUCAGCACCUCCUCUUUCCCCACCCCAGUUAAUCUAACUGGCUGAGCUUAAAAAGGCAAGAACCUUUCACAAUGGAAUAAUUAAAAAGCAAGAUCUCUGCCUCUUAGAGACGAGGCCUGCUGCCCUUAGAGGUGAGCCACGUACGCAUCACAAAAAUCACAUGAGACUCCACGAUGGUAUGUACCACUUCUCACUGAAGGUAGGGGGUGGUUGCAUUUUAACAUAUCCCAUAUUUUUUUAAAAAAAACUAGCACAUCAGGAGAAGACAUUUUUUUACUUAGCUUCUUUCCCUGAAGCACUAGUUUUCCAUAGGCAGGGAAAACUAAAAAAAAAAAUGGAGUGUUCAGUUGUGCAACACCUCCCUGAAGUGGUUCUGCUCUGUGCCGGUGCCCCUUGUUCCCACACCCACUCAUAUUGUUUGUUACUCCACUGCUGUGUCCCUGGCCACAGUUCUCAUUUUUUUGUGAUAUGUAUUUGCCAUCUCUGUGACUCUGCCUGCCUCGCAGGGCUGUUAAGGUGAUAGAAUAAUAAAGCCCCGUGUAUUCCAUUUGCGGCUCCUUGGAAGAAGGAUUGGAUAAGAGAAUUUCUCCAUUUGAUAUUUACUUCUAUGUCUAUACUUUUAGAGGGGGCAUCUCUCCUGCCCGUUGGUAAUGGUGGAAAAUAGGGAUUCAGGGUGGAUGUAAUGUCUGCAAUCUUGUUUUAUACUUUUUGAAGUUGCUAUUCUUUUUACUGCUUGUUGUAUCUUUCAAAAGGCAAUGAUAAUUUAUUUCCGUGGGCUGCUUGUCUUUUUGGGAGUUGGAAAAUAAUACUGUAGAGUUGCCUGUAAUUUUUGUAUGCCCUCAAUAUCGGUGAGUUAUGCAAUGCUGGAACUUUUCUUUCUGGAACAUGUUAGGUAGCAGCGCAAUCUGUGACUUGCCAUGUUGAAUACGGUCCGCUAGCCAGGUGCUUGAGUUCUAGGCAGGUAGAAGUGGGAGGUUUCCUCAAGUGAUGGGGGGAGCACAGUGAGUGGCUGGGGUGGAGAAGCUGCAUUUGGCUUGGUGGGUCACGAACCGCAGAAGUCUUGUGCACUUAAGUCUUAUUCCAUUCCUGUUGGAAAUGUGCAGACAUGCAAAUGCUUUGGAUUGCUUGCAAACGGAAGGCUGUAUUCAGACAAUACAGGAUACAUCAACUUCGAACUGAUAGCAUCUCUGAUUCCUAGGGGCAGGGGUGGGGCUUGACUUGGGGCAAAAACAAAUGAGAUGAAUACCCCAGCUCUCUUAUCAUGUAUAAAAUGCAAAUUGCAGCUCCACUUUGCAGUGGGGCCGUGUGGGGGAAAGGAGAGGGUGUCAGCCACUAGUCACUUUCACUAGCCCAUAUGGGGUUAUCUGCUUUAUCAUCAGUAUUUUAAAGGGGAAAUCAAGUUGUUUCCCCCCUCUUUUUAAAAUACGUAUAGCAAAGUUUGGAACCAGUUUUGAUUAACGAAACCAACUGGAGGUUGAAGGGUUAACCCCCCCCCCCCCACUCCAUUCCAUGUAGUGAUCCAAGGCAAAUUGAGGCUGCAUGACUGCAAUUGAUGGACCGACCCGGACUGUAUAAUCUUCAGUCUUUUUUUACCCUUAAAUACUCACAUUUGUGAUCAAUACUGAUGAAGACUUUACUUGAUUUAUUGUUGAUUAUUUAUGUGCAGAUAAUGAUUUACCAAUCUUAGGAUUGUUCGAGGUUUUUUUUCCAACUCAAGAAUAAAAAAUAAAACCCUG